UUCGUGUUUUAUUCAUGUUGCAGCGUCUCGUCUCCACAGGACAGAUCAGACCUUCAGGAAGAUGAGCGCCAUGGAGAAGAGCUACAACCUCCACGACAGAACGCUCAGAUUUGUGGACAGAGAGGAUGAAAUGGAUUUUCUUUAUGAGGAAUUUGCGUCUCCAAGAGCAGAGAUGUCCUGCGGCCACGCCGUGACCCCCAUGUCUCUCACCAACUGGUGCCGCCGGUUGUUGGAAGAGGGUAAAAGCAAGUUUGUUUGUGGUCAGCCGAACUGCAAUAGGGAGUGGCCUUAUGUGGAAGUUCGUAAAAUGGCUCUGCUGACCCCGGAGGAAAGAGAAUACUUUGAAAGCACAAUGGCUCUUAAUACCGCCAGGGAAUAUUUCAACUCCGAAACAUGUCCUGGAUGUAGUUUCUCUGUGACAAGGAAAGAUGAUUCUAACCUGAGUGUGCGCUGCCAGAUUUGCACAGUACGGAAAGGACGGGCCUACGAGUUCUGCUGGCAGUGUCUGAAAGAAUGGAAGGGUCCACAGCCACGCACAGACCGCUGUGAUAAUGAUGGUUGCUUCAACGAGGCUCUGAAAACUCUGAGGACCUGCCCAGAAAUCCUUUUUGAAUCGGUUAAAAACGUCAGGGGGUGUCCUUCCAUCAGGGCCUGCCCCACCUGUGGAUCUCUGCUGGAGCACACCUCGAAAAAGUGUAAAAAUCUUUUGUGUCCUCGAUGCAGAGUGGAGUUCUGCUUUGUGUGUCUGAAAGCCACAUUUAAAUGUUUGAAAACGAGCACUCAUUUUGAACCAUGCUCAGAUGGCGUCGCUCCCAGACAAACUUCCAUCCCUGUGUGGCAUCAGUGAAGAUACUGGACUGUGCAGCUUUAUCUUUUACAUCAUUACAAUAGAAUACAUUAAUAAUAAUAAUAAUUGGUACUUUAUUUAUCCCACAAUGGGGAAAUUCUUCUCCGCAUUUGACCCAUCCCCUGUGGGAGCGGUGAGCUGCAGCCUACCGCUACAGCCUCGGGAGGCAGUAGCGGUAAGGGUCUUGCCUUAGGACCCUCACUGUUAAUUGCUUGCCAUUGAUAUGGUAAUUGACCCAGUACCAUUGUUUAUCCCCCUCCGGGAAUCAAACCUUGGAUUCCUGCAUGUUAGGCUAUCACCUACUGAGCUACCCAGCCGCCGUUAUUAUUAUAAUACAAUAUUAUUGACGAAACAGCACAGGUACUGAGCUACAUUGUAGAACAAUGAUAACAUUAAGGGGACAACAGUAACAACAAAAUACAAGAGAACUUAAAAAACAAUAAAAAACAGAAAAAAAUGAAGAGCAAGAGUUCAGUUUAACACUACAUGAUGCACAGCUGACAUUAAAUUAAUAUAUUUAACAGCAGCACUGUAGUUAUUGAUGCUGUCUCACAAGAAAAAAAAUCCUGAUCAAUCACUAUCCCCUGAGAAUAGCAGCUUUCGAUAAAGGCUCAUCUUAAACUUUUGUUACAUUUUCAAUAUAUGCAUAAAAUAAGUGUAAUUGUAUAUAAAAAUAUGGUUUUAUGUUUGCAUCAAUGCUUGUUGGAUAUAUUUCUGAAUAAACCCACACUUAAACCUAC